AUGGAACCAUUAAUAUCAUUUAAUGACACUUCUACAAAUAUAGUAAAUAAUAAUUUUAAUGAAAAUUCUAUAAUAAACAAAAUAACAAAUCAAGAUAUAAACGAAAAUUGCUAUAAUAUCAAUACUAAAAAAGAUAAUAAUUUUGAAAUUAAUAGUAAUAAUAAUAUUACUAAUAACAAUGAGCUAUCAAAUAUUCAGAAAAUAAAUUCAAUAAAAUAUCUGUUAUUAUUAAAUUUUGCAACUCCAUUAAUAAUUUUAUAUAUGUACAAAACUUUUUUAGACCAAAAUAACGAUACCACAACUAAAGAAAUUCAAAUAGUAACCCAUAUAAUUCGAUCCAUGUGGUCUUUAUCUCUAUUUUUUUGUUUAACAUCAUUAAAUGUAUAUGUCUGGGAAUUAUUUAAUAUUGAUUACAAAUCAAUAUUUAAAUUAAAAGAAUAUUCAAACUAUAUAGAUAUACAACAAACCGAUAAUAGUAAUAAUAAAAUAUUUUUAUAUUUAUUUAAAAGAUCAAUAAUACUAUUCAGUAUUUUAACUAUAACAUUAAUAAUAAAUAAUUUUCAAAAUAAUAAUUUAUUUUAUAAUAAAAACUAUGGAUACAAUAUACCAGUUUUAAUAUUAAUAUGGUCCAUUUUCUUUUCAGUUAUAUUUUAUGAUCAUUUUUUAAGAUCAGUAUUAAUAAAUAGUUUAAUAUUAAUAAUAAAAUCACCUUUUAAAUCUAUUUCUUUUUUAUCGUUUUGGAUUGCAGAUCAAAUAACAUCAUUAUCAAUAUUUUUAAAGGAUUUUAAUAUAACAUUAUGUUUCUUAUUUUCAUUUUUAAAUAUUGAUUUUUGUUUUAAUCAUUUUAAAUGGUUAUCUCCAAUAAUAUUAUCGUUACCAUUUAUUUUCAGAAUAUCCCAAUGUAUCAGAGUAUACUACGACACCAAUAAUAGAUUACAACUAUUCAAUGCAUACAAAUAUUUUAUUGGAUUGGUAGUAUUAUUUUUUUCAAAUUUAUAUCACAAUUUUUAUCAUAUACCAGAGUUUAAAAUUUAUUGGAUAUUAUUUGCAACUUCAGGUACAUUAUACUCCUACUAUUGGGAUGUAGUCAGAGAUUGGGGAUUGUUUGAGAACAAUUGUUUUAGAAUUAAACCAAACUUUUUAUUAAGGGAUCAAUUACUAUAUAUUUAUAAACCAUUUUAUUAUUAUUCAAUUAUUUCAAAUUUAAUAAUGAGAUUUAAUUGGACCAUUUUAAUAAACCCAUCAUUAUUUGGUUUUAAAUUAAAUAAUGAAUUUGUCAUAGGAACAUUCUUAAUAUCAAUAGAUAUAAUUAGAAGGUGUCAAUGGAAUUUCUUUAGAAUGGAAUACGAACAAAUAACAAUAAACAACAAUAAAAACCAAUCAAUAAAAAAUAUAAUAUAA